AUGGUUUUGAUUGCUCCAUUAUUAGUUAGUAAUAAAGUUACAAGGAAACAAAUUAUUCGUCUAAAUACUCGUUUUAUAUCACUUGAUAAGCAAGGUCGAGGUUAUCUUGAUCGAGACGAUUUUUUUAAUAUUCGUGAAUUGGAGGCGAAUCCUUUGGGUGAUCGAAUCAUUGAUGCAUUUUUCGCUGAAAAGAGCGAUAUUGAAAAGAAAUUAACAUUUCAUGAUUUUUGCCGCGUUUUGGCUCAUUUUAGACCUACUAGUGAAGACAAAAAUUCAACAAUAAACAGUCGAGAGGCUAAAUUAAAAUUUGCUUUCUCGAUGUAUGAUUUGGACAAAAGCGGAUUCAUUACUCGUAAUGAAUUUAAAGUAAUUCUCAAUAUGAUGGUUGGAUCAAAUAUUACUUCUGAACAGCUUGAAUGUAUCACUGAUCGAACGAUUGAAGAAGGUGACUAUGAAAGGAAUGGUAAAAUAUCAUUCCAAGAAUUUUGUCGGGUAUUUUUCUUAUCUCAUAUUAUCAUUACUUUUAUUAAAUAA